UUGUGAAGGCGGAACAGUGACGUUCUUCCUGUCGUGCUAAUGUUCACUGUUCUGUGAAGCUCCUCUGUGCGGUCUCUCCUGCCUCCUUUCAGCCGUUGGUUUAUUAAAAAAUCUUCUGUUUCCGGCUCGUGAAUUAUUUCUGUCGAGGUUCCGGAAGUGUCCAGCACAGUUUGGCGCAGGUGUCACAGCGCGUGAAGGUUUUUAUUCACCUUACUUUCUGGAAGUUUCAAAGCUAACGUUAGCUCAGCAGCUAGCCAUUAUUCACCCUCCGCGCAGAGAAUCGAUCAAUAAUUAUCUUCAUCGUCAUCAUCAUGGAUCAAUCAGGAGUCACAACGCAGACACCGAAGAGCCCGUGGGGUUCGGCGGCCCCGGCGGCUCCGGCCUGCUCUCUCUCUGAGGUGAUGAGUGAACAGCUGGCGAAGCAGCUGGACGAGGAGAACGCCGUCUUCCCGGCGCUCUCUGAUCCUGCAGCCGAGCUGCUGCUGGCCGACGAAGCCCCCGACACCGCCAGCGACCUGAUGCUCGCCCAGAUGCUGCAGAUGCAGUUUGACCGCGAGUUCGACGACCAGCUGCGGCGCGAGGAGAAGAAGUUCAACGGGGACAGCAAAGUGUCCAUCUCCUUCGAGAACUACCGCAUGGUCCAUCCGUACGACGACAGCGACAGCUCUGAGGAUGAGGUCGACUGGCAGGACACGAGACACGACCCCUACAGAGCCGACAAACCUCAGACCACACCGAGGAAAGGCUUCACGGGGAAGGGGAAAAACAUCACCACCAAACAUGACGAAGUGACCUGCGGCCGCAAGAACACGGCACGCAUGGACAACUUUGCCCCGGAGGUCCACGUCGGUGACGGUCUGGGGAUGGACCUGAAGCUGUCCAAUCAGGUGUUUAACUCCCUGAAGCGGCACUGCUACAGCGAGCAGAGACGCAGCGCCAGGCUGCACGAGAAGAAGGAGCACUCCACCGCCGAGCAAGCCGUGGACCCUCGCACUCGCCUGCUGAUGUACAAGAUGGUGAACGCCGGCGUGCUGGAAAACAUCAACGGCUGCAUCAGCACCGGGAAGGAGUCUGUGGUCUUCCACGCCGAUGGAGGGAGCCUGGAGGAGCAGCCCGUCCCGGACGAGGUGGUGCUGAAGGUGUUUAAAACGACGCUGAACGAGUUCAAGAACAGAGACCGCUACAUCAAAGACGACUAUCGCUUCAAGGACCGCUUCAGCAAACUGAACCCACGCAAGAUCAUCCGGCUGUGGGCCGAGAAGGAGAUGCACAACCUGGGCAGGAUGAAGAAGGCCGAGAUCCCGUGUCCGGAGGUGGUCCUGCUGAAGAAACACAUCCUGGUGAUGUCGUUCAUCGGCAAAGACCACAUCCCCGCCCCCAAACUCAAAGACGCCAUGCUGAACUCAGAGGACCUCAAGAACGCCUACUACCAAGUCCUCCACAUGAUGCAGCAGCUGUAUCAGGAGUGUAAUCUGGUUCACGCCGACCUCAGCGAAUACAACAUGCUGUGGCACGAAGGGAAGGUGUGGCUGAUUGACGUGAGUCAGUCCGUGGAGCCCACCCACCCCCACGGUCUGGAGUUCCUCUUCAGAGACUGCAGGAACGUUUCCACGUUCUUCCAGAAGAGAGGCGUGAGCGAGGCGAUGAGCACCUACGACCUUUUCAACGCCGUGACCGGCCUGAACAUCCCCGUGGGCACCGAGGACGAGGCCGAGUUCAUGGCAGAGAUCGUGGCGCUGGAGAAGAGGAACGAAGACCACAUCCAGAAACGAGGCAAGAAAACCUUCCCGGUGACCUCGGAGGACGGCGGUCCCCCUUUAGAGCCCGACGCCGAUGACUAACGCCCACCUCGCCGAUUCUUCACGAUCCCGCCGUGUUUUUAGACAAAAAAAUCCGAAAAACAGAUGAAUGGAGGACGAGGACGAUGCCUCGGCACCUCCAACCCACCACCCUACUCGCUGCUUCCUGUAAACAGGAAGAGAGAGGGGGCGGGGUUUAACGUUUAACCGCAUUGGACGUUGAAGUCAGAGCGUCAGACGAUCACAGGCAGUUUCCUGAGGCUCGGGUCUUCCUGCUAAGAUUGUCCCACGCUGCUCACAGUGUGUGUUUUUGUAAACGCUUCGUAGAUUAAAACCCGACUUCAGGGUGAAACUAGCUGCUCCGUCACUGAGGCGCUCCUAUUAUGAUCACACUGCAGGGAAACCGAUUUACUCAGACUUUAACCCUCAAAAACUUUAGAAAAAAGUAGAAAUCAGCUGAAGUUUCACUGUUGUAAAAUCAAAUGAAUUAAUUUUUCUUCUAGUAAAAACAUUAAAGCUCCCGUUUUCCUGUGUUCAGGGGUCAUGGGUUGGGUCAAAGCAGGAAGUUAAAGAGUGAGAAUGAAACGUUAUAAACAGAUGAUCUGGUGAUUUCAGAUCCAUCGUCAUCCUGGUAAAUGUUUAAAAAACAUUUGAAGUCAGAUUUUGAUGUUUACAGUAGAAGAGAUCAGGUGUGCAUGCAGGAAGUCCUGCUGUCUGCUGCUAGCUUCAACAGUAAUGUCAGGGUUUUGAACAGGAUGUUGGUCUCAUGGUAAAAAUUCAGAAUAAAACAAACAUGGAAAAUU